AUGCAGGGACCCCAUUUCGAACCAUGGUUUAUCCUGGCUAGUCGUCCCUCGACAGCGACGGACGAGCAAAGUGCGGGACGAAAGGCUCGCUAUGCGCUUGGUCUCACUUUCAUCAUGAUGCAGUGCAUCGUAUGGAUCUGUGCAUCCGUCACAACUCAGUAUUUAUACGGAGGACAAGGCUUUCAUUCGCCGUUUCUCAUGACCUUUGCUGGUGUUGGUAUGUUGGCCAUAUUUUUGCCGUUGCGACUUCUAGCUGUUCGAAUUGGGAUAGCUCCGAAGCUCCUCAAAAGUACAGAGGAUGCAGAUCCUGCGGUCAACAAUGGUGUUGGCAAUAGUCACGAUGAAAAACUCGCGCAAGCCACAUCAUACCACCAAGUUUUUGAUGCUGUUGCCUCCGAACGGCGUGAGCUGUCCCAUCCUACAACGUUCUGGAAUCAUCGCAAACAUGCUUUAGCUGCGCUUCACAUUGCACCCGCCAUGUUCUUUGCCGACUGGUGUUUCAAUCACGGGCUAGCAUACACAUCUGUCGCUUCAAGUACGGUUCUAGUUUCCACUUCCUGCGUCUUCGUUUUCUUGUUCGCUGUUCUGGUGCGAGUCGAGGCCUUUCACUCUGUGAAACUUGCUGGCGUACUGCUCGCAGUGGCGGGUACCGUUUUAACAACGAUGGGCGAUAUUUCCGUCAGCGAGGAAUCUAGCGGUGUGGAUGCCGAAAGACAUGUUUUGACAGGCGAUCUCUUCUCCCUCAUGGCAGCCAUUGGCUACGCAUUUUACACUGUACAAGUCCGUGUUUUGUGUCCUCAAAACGAGGAUCUUUACAGCAUGCAGCUAUUGCUCGGCUAUGUUGGUGUAGUUGCCACCAUACCGCUUCUACCCGUUGCGUGUUACGCUUUGACGCAAGUCACAUUCACGCCAAAAAUAGCCGCCGUUUUGGUAGUCAAGGGACUGUUGGAUUUUGUUAUUACGGACUAUCUGUUAUUUCGCUCCGUAAUUUUGACCAACGCAACGACGGCUUCCGUCGGCUUGGGAUUGACGAUCCCCUUGGCUUUUUUGGUCGACUGGGUCUUGGGCAAGGGCAACGCAACGACCAUUCAAUCCUUGCUUGGACCAGUAGCCAUCGCUAUCGCCUUUUUGAUAGUGAACCUUACUGGCAACUCGAUAGACGAGCGGGAACAGAAUAUUCACGACACAAAUACACCAUCGACUGAGAAUCCGCAAUCGGCAGGAGUUUUUGCAUAG